UCACCCAAUUGACAAGUGUUGAAAAUUGAUUGAAUGUUUAUUGGGAGAGCAGAGCAAAUUGCUGCUUUGUACAGUGCCUUUUUUCUUCUUCUCUUUCUUCUUCAGCCCUUGGUUGAACAAUGCUGUCAUCGCUCAGUCCAUCAGGCAGCACCAGACAUCCCAAACUGGCACUCAGGCCCCCAGAGCUUUCAGCAGCGUCCUUUGACCAGAAUACAAAGAAAAAACAGAUCCGCUUUCAAAUUUGAGAGUUAGUUCAACAUCCAUUCAGCCCCUGAAAACUGUCCGGAUGCUUUUAUUACAUUUAACCAGAAAUGUCUGGUCAUCAUGUGUGUCAUUUGUUCAGGCUUUGGUAUCAAGACUUAAAAAUCUUUUUUGCUGUUUCAGCAGCUUUUUUCCAGUUCAGUUAGCGAGCCCUGAGUAGUGGCGACUAUCAAACAAUGGGAAUUAGGAACUAAAAUGGAAUGAAAUAAUCAGCUGGAUUCUUCUGUUUAUUUGCCAUAAGUGGUCCUGGUAAGAAGCAAUUUGCCUUCUCGAAAACUGCCUCUUCCCUCGUGGUUCAGUGACAAAGUACCCAUAGAAAGUGAAUGAAACUUGUUAUUGUGGGAGAGCUGUAGGCAGUAGUUUUAAUGGAAAAUCAUGGCAGUUAGAAGCAUGUAUCUGGGAAGCAGAACCUGAGAUUAACUGCAGUGAAAUGCUGGUAGAUUUUGUUUGUGGUUUGUCUGGUGAACAAAGAGGUUUCCCUUGAAGGAAGAUUCAGUUUGAAACUAGUCAAUUAUAUUAUGUCAUGCAGUACAAUUUCCUUUUUGGCAUCCUUGAUUGUUAUAAUUUGAUAGUUUCCUGCUCAGAUUUCUUCUUAUCAUAUCAAAUGCCUCUUUCAUUGACUUUUUAACUUGUAUUAAUACAAUACAGUACCAGUCCAUUCUAAAACAGGUUUUUUUAGACGUAAACAAUUUUUAGUUUGAGAGCAAGAAACACCGUUGUUCAAAGUCUCUGCUCACAAACCAGCUUGCAGCUCUCACUGAAGAGUUUUGUCUCCUUUCGUCUGAACAACGCCCUCCCCUUAUCAGCAAACUCUAACAGCUUAGACAAACCUGGCAACAUGGCCAAAGGGAACCCGUUUAAUGUCUUUUUGAUAUCUCUCCCACUGGCAGCAGAUACCAAACAUGAACUCUGGCCCAAUUUCCUCUCAGCAAAUAACACCAACUGGGGAAAUGCGUUGCGUUUGAUUAGUUCUCGAGCAUAACCUGACGGCGAUCACUUCGUAACAAGAACUCCAAUUGUGACUGAAUUUUUUAUCUUUUAUUUCCAUUUGUUUAAUUUUUUUGUUCUUGCCGUUUGCUUUUUCGUCCUAGUUUUUCCUCAUCUCACUCCCAAAGGCAUGUUUUUGAUGGCAUGAUUGUGGACCUGACAGCUCACCCCCGGCCCAAUAUGAAGUCUGCUGAGGAGCUUCACAGCCUUCCAGUGACGUUUUCAACAGAUGAUGCAACAUGCAUCUAACGACCGCGCUUCUCUGGCAGCCUUGGACCUGACGGAGUUGAUCGGCGUCCCCCUCCCUCCCUCCGUCUCCUUUGUUACGGGUUUCGAGGGUUACCCCGCCUACAGCUUCGGCCCGGACGCCAACGUGGGCCGCCUCACAAAGUCCUUCAUCCCCGACCCGUUCUAUCACGACUUCGCCAUCACGGUCACAGCUAAACCCACCACGCGGAGUGGUGGUGUGCUGUUCGCCAUCACAGAUGCUUACCAAAAGAUCGUACACUUAGGUGUAGCGUUGUCCGAGGUGGAGGAUGCUUCCCAGAGAGUCAUAUUGUACUACACCGACCCAGGAACAAGAGGUGGGACCCAGGAAGCAGCUUCCUUCAAAAUGGGAGACCUGACGGGAAGAUGGGCGCGGUUCACCCUGACUGUACAGGGGGCAGAGGUGCGUCUCUACAUGGACUGUGAGGAAUACCACCGAGUGGCGUUCACCAAGAGCCCUCAGCCUCUGACCUUCGAGGCCAGCUCGGGGAUCUUCGUAGGGAACGCUGGGGGUACGGGCCUGCCACGGUUUGUGGGCUCCAUCCAGCAGCUGGUGUUGAAGUCGGAUCCCACGGCCCCAGAUGACCAGUGUGAGGAGGACGAUCCUUAUGCCUCUGGAUACGGGAGCGGUGAUGACGCGUAUGAAGACAUUGAGGGAGUAGACGAAGUGAAGAAGAUUGUGGAGGAGAGAGAGUACACAUUGCCCCUCCCGGAUCUGGACCCCACUUACGGCACCCCAGUCCGAGCUCCGCCCACUGAGAUGUCGCUCAGGGAUGAUGAUGGUGAUGAUGACGUAGACAUAGAGGCGCCUUCUGGACAGGAAGUGGAGAUGACCACAGUAAGAGAGAAAUCAGUUCAGGGUGCUCCAGACUCUGUAUUUGACACUCCCCUCCAGGUGUCUCCAGGACCGAAAGGGGAGCAAGGGGAGCCAGGUCCAGCCGGUCCUCCAGGACCGCCCGGGCCUCCAGGACAAGGCUCAGGAGAUGGUGAGGGAGGGGAGCCGGGACCCCGCGGUCCACAAGGACCACGGGGACCUACAGGUCCACCUGGGCUUUCUGGGAAAGACGGACAGACUGGAGGCAAAGGUGGAACUGGUGUCCCAGGAGCAACUGGGAUUCCAGGAUUCCCAGGACUACAGGGAGAGCCUGGUCCUAUGGGGGAAAAGGGUGAUCGUGGUGUUGGACUACCAGGUCCUCCAGGCCCUCCUGGACCUGCAAGUCGACCAAGCAAGUCUUCCACGUUCCCGGAGGGGUCAGGAUUUGAAGACUUUGACAGUGAUGCCGAGUUCAUCAGGGGGCCUCCAGGGCCUCCCGGCCUCCCGGGACAGCCAGGGCCCCCAGGAGGCCCAUCGGAAGACUUCUUUCCUGGACCACCUGGGGUCCCUGGAAGAAAUGGGAAGGAUGGAGAGAAGGGUGAACCUGGACUGCCUGGAGUUGAUGGAAACGAUGGGGAUCCAGGACCUGCUGGGGAGAACGGAGACACGGGAGAGCGUGGUGCAGGCGGGCAAACAGGAGCAAAGGGAGAUCAGGGCCCUCCAGGGUUUCCAGGCUCAGAGGGACCAGAGGGCCAGCCUGGUCCCAGGGGUUCAUCUGGCCCCCCUGGGCCCCCAGGUCCUCCUGGGAGAGGCUUCACCAUGGGCUUUGAGGACUUGGAAGGAUCUGGGAUGCAGGGUGGUUUUGGAGAUGCUCUGUCCAGAGGCCCACAGGGUCCUCCAGGAACCCCCGGACUUGAAGGACCCAAGGGAAAAGAUGGUUUAGACGGCUCCCCGGGAAAGCCGGGGAUAAAGGGGGAGGCAGGUGUUACAGGACGACCCGGGUUUCCAGGACUGGAGGGACUUAAAGGGGAAGAGGGACCAAAGGGGAACACAGGAGAUCUAGGACAAAAGGGAGAGAAGGGACGGGAUGGGCUCAGUCUACCCGGCCCUCCAGGACCAGCUGGACCAGCAGGACCCAUUAUCAACCUCCAGGAUCUUCUACUGAACGAUACAGAUGGUGCCUUCAACUUCUCAGGGAUCUCUGAAGCUCAGGGACGCGCUGGACCACAGGGUCCAAAGGGAGACAGUGGGUUACCAGGAGUUCAAGGACCUCGAGGACUGAAAGGUGAAAGGGGUGAGUCAGGACUUGCCAUCGCAGCACAGGGAUCCAUCGCAUCAGGCCUGGCUGGACCCAAAGGACUCAAGGGAGAUAACGGUGCAUCCGGACCUGCUGGACUUACAGGGCCUACCGGACCACCAGGACCCAAAGGAGAAUUUGGUUUUCCUGGUAGACCUGGACGUCCAGGCCUGAUGGGACCAAAAGGAGAGAGUGGAGACUCUGCAGCCCUGCCGGGACCUCCUGGCCCCCCGGGGCUGCCAGGCCGUCCAGGAAUAUUCAACUGCCCGAAAGGAACCGUGUUCCCCAUCCCUCCCAGACCCCACUGCAAAAUGCCUCUUAAUCCCAAUGGAACCAUUGCAGUUGGUGACUGUCAGACGGGACCGAAAGGGGAGAGGGGAGAGCAAGGUCUUCCUGGGAUCCCUGCGCCGCCAAACUCUUUUCUUCCCAGGGGAGGCUGGGGGGCAAGAGGUGAGCAGGGCACUAAAGGAGAGAAGGGAGACGAGGGGGAGGCAGGGUUGCCUGGGCAAGCAGGUAACGCCGGAAGACCAGGGCCUGUGGGACCCAAAGGGGAGUCAGUGCUCGGUCCACCAGGCCACCCUGGGGUGCCAGGUUCACCGGGUAUUCCAGGCUAUGGCAGACCAGGACCGGUCGGCGCUCCUGGGCCGCCGGGGCCUCCCGGACCUUCUGAGUCAGCCUCGAGAUACGGCUCAGCUUUGACCAUUGCCGGCCCGCCUGGACCUGCUGGACCUGCUGGACCUGCUGGACCUUCGAGUAACUCGGCAUCUCUGAAAACAUUUGCUUCCCGUGAGAGUAUGAUGCAGCACACCGCCAGGGAUGCAGAGGGGACUCUGAUGUACGUCACGGCCACAGGAAGUCUCUUCCUCAAGGUCUCCCAGGGAUGGAAAGAGAUACAGCUCAGCAGUCUGAUCUACCUCUCCAAUAACAUUGUUCCACAAGAUGAGCCCCGGGCUUCAUAUCAGAUAAGAGGAGACACGAUGGAAAGAAUACGUUCAGUCAACGAAAGGCUCACCCUCGUGGCCUUGAACCAGCCCCACUCAGGCGACAUGAUGGGGCUCGACGUAGCCGACCGGAUGUGUUACGAGCAAGCCAAGGCGAUGGGUUUGGCUCCAAACUACCGCGCCUUCAUUUCUUCCCACAGGCAGGACCUGGUCCACGUGGUCUAUCCCAGUCUCCGGGAAACUCUGCCAGUUACCAACCUCAGGGGGGACGUGAUGUUUAGGAACUGGCGGUCAAUUUUCAACGGCGACGGUGGGCCAUUGGAUGCCAGGAUACCAAUCUACUCAUUCGACGGCCGAGAUGUUUUAGCUGACCCCUUCUGGCCUCAGAAGAGUAUCUGGCACGGCUCCACCAGCGGGGGUCUCCGGGUGGUGGACAAACACUGUGAGACGUGGCGAGCGGACCACAUGUCUGUCAUGGGCCAGUCAUCGAGCCUGACCUCAGGUCUGCUCCUGGGCCAGCAGACGAGGAGCUGUUCCAACCAGCACAUCGUUCUUUGCAUCGAGACCCACAAAAACCUUUAAACCCCCCCCCAUACCACUCCACCAUGCCAGCCACCGUAAACGUUAAACACUCGGGGAAAACAUUUGGUGCUACGUGUAGCAUUUUGUGGUUUUAAAAACAGAGGACCACAUUUAACGCAAUUUCUUUGAUGUUACAGUACAAAUUGCUCUACUCCCUUUUCUGACAUCCCUCCGUGUUAUUUCUGAGGAGCGAGAAUAUUGUUAAGAGGCGGUAACAAAGUCUUGACAACAGCCAAGAUAAAAUCCUGGAAGGUAAACUAACAUAAAUUCAAUACGUUCUUUCCUGUUGUGAAGCAAUCCGGAAGAUUUCUUCUUUUAUUCAACCUGGUGGCACAUAAUGUAAAAUGCAACAUUGAGGCUUAUGGAGGCUGCCAGUCUCCUCGGCAGCAGUUGUACAUGUCCAUGACAAUAAUGCUAACAUCUCAAAGAGAAUGUAGUAAUGAUUCAUUAAUGGUAAAAUGAUACACGAAGCACCUUUAACCUUUACUCAAAGAAAGUUGACUCAUUUGCAACAAGACGCAUCUGUGUCAUUUCACAAGAAUCAAACAAAGCAGCACAAAUGGCUUUUCACCACAUCGUCACCGAGGUGUUUUGUGCUUUGUUGUAUGAGACUGAAGAUGCAACGGCUGCAGGAGUCUGCGCCUGUCCUUAAACGUGGCAGUUUUUCUUGGGGAUUUCCAAAGACUUUUAUGAUGGAAGUAUAAAUAAAUGGCUACUGUCGCUGUUUUGUUUACAGGUUGUCAUGGAGAGUGUUUUAAAAGUUUGUAGAGUUGUUUUAAGGGCAAGAAAUCUGUUUGCGUAACUUACAUAGUCCCUCGUCCAACAGUGGGAAGACCAGACAACCAGUGUUGCCACCAAAGUCAUUUUUGAUGCACUGUACUUUAUUUUGAAAAAAACAUUUUCUAGUUUGUGUUGUAGCUUUUCAUACAUCUUGGUGAUCUCACAUCUUAGCAGCUCUUUCUCUCAAUAGGAUAUUUAAUUUAAAUUCAAUGAUUUAUUUAUACCGUCACAGCACAUAACAUGAAAUCAGAUGAUUAAAGUUAAGAAUGUAAUUUUAGUUUUUUUGUUUGUCAAAUGACUGUUUCUUCUCAAUUUUUGCCUCUUUUCUAUCUUUUUGUACAGUUUUUUUUUUUUUUUACGUUUCUAGAUUUCUGGAUAAUGGUGACAGCAGUCAAAAUUAAAUUCCCCCUAAUGUAGUGAUACAAUUCAAAAGCUAAAUAUUUUCAUCCUGAAAAAAUAAGAAUACCAGAAAAAGAAAUUCCAAGGGGGAAAAGUCACAUGUUUUUGUGUAAAUAUUGGUGCUUUGAUGAAUAAAGUUUUCUCUUUUCAUAAUCUGCUCUUGUUUCAUUCUCAAUUCAGUGCAGAAAAAAACCUCAAAUACCUCUGACUGUAAUAGAACAGUUUACUGUUUGUUCUGCUGGACCAAGUUGGCCCGAAAGAUUAUUUUUGCGAUUAUUUGGUUACAGAG